AUGGCUGCUGGACAACAAAGCAAGUACCGUUUGACGGAUGUAUUAGGAGGAUUGUCCGACCUAAUUUCGAGAAGAAGGUCUCCAUCUCUUUCUCGCAAAAAACGCAAAGAGCCUCCAGCCAAUGAGUCUCACCGCAAAGGCAGUGCACCGGCAAGCUUGAACCAGAUGUUCGUGCCGAUUGUAGAGUUGGUUGUUGCCUCUGCUGAAUCGCCAGGAAUGUCAAGGCGAACUCCGUCACCCAUGCGACAGCUGGAUGUCACGAAAACACCGGCACCGUCAACAUUGCCACAGGCACUUCGAACUGAGGAUGUUGCCGGUGAGGAUCAAUAUGAUGUUAAAUUAGUAUCUCACUGGUAA